CAGAAUACAAAGAAUGCCUUUAGAGGAAAAAUUGAUCGUAGAGCAUGUGGAUAAAACCAGAAAUAGAUUACUGAAUCCGAAAGAACCAACAGAAGAACCUAACUUAAGAAAACAUAGAUUUGAAGAACACUCGAGAAAAGUUCGAAAUAAUCUUCCAUCAGGGAAGAAAAUGGCGGAAAGGUUGAAGUCCAAUUUACCAAUCCCAGAUGGAAAAGAGAACAGAAACCGACCCAGGAUUGUGCGGCCUGUUUUGAGACCUGCUAAGCUGAACGGCCCCUCAAGCUCUUCUACCAGCUCUAGUCCAAACCUUAAUUCCAAAGGUUUAGAUUUAUUAUUUAAUCUUGGUGGUUCUUCUAGUCUUCCUUCAUCACCUUUAACAACAGGUUUGAAUCUGACCCUAACCUCUAGCUGCUCUGGGGUUGAGGUCAUCAGCUCAACCUUCAGCACAGUCAGCAGUACGUUAACCCUCACCAGCAGUACAUUAACCCCUUCCAGUAGUACAUUAACCCCCUCCAGUAGUACAUGUACACCAGAGAGCAGUUCAAACACAACUCCUCGACCUAGCACCCACAGUACACCUCGGCCUAGUUCAAGUUCAUUGAGUACACCUGGACUGAGGACUGCAGAAGGUCUAGAUAUACCCUUGAACAAUACAGUUUCUACUCCAUACUCACAAAUAUCAUUGUCCUACAGAGUAUCUCGGGUAGGGGGUGAGGGUGUAUCCCCUAGAGACUUGACCACCAGGCUUCUUAAAACUGGAUUACAAAAUUCGCAGGAUGUUCCUGCCUUGAAACAAUCCCGUAGUCCUGGGAUAAUCACCUCAAGCCUAGUUCCUGAUAUUCAUAAUAUUAUUCUAGCCAAGAUUAAGUACAAUAAACGCAGCUCGCAGAAGACAACCCCUAACAGAAGUCCGUGCAAGGCCCCAGCUCCUAGACCUAAUGCACCUCAAACUUUUAUUCAGAGAUCUGAGGAUCCAGAGGAUAUUUUUCUAGGACAUGGAGAGUCAGAUAGUAGUGUUGGAAGUAUUUCUAGCUCUAGACCCAGUAGUUCAUGUAGUGAACUUAUUGAACCCGACCUAUCCGAACUGGACGCUAACUUUAGAUCUCUGUUUCAAGGAGUUGAUGAAUACAGGGUUGGAGUGGUUUGUUCUAACAAGCUUUUGGAUCAUCUGCUUUCCUUCGUCGAUCUUCCUCAACUAGAUCGGUGGAAGAUCGACGAGCUGAGUCGACUUCUAGAUCCUAAUCAUGACAAUAGGCUAGUCGACGAGGGCCAGUUUGUCGCUGUUGGUCGCAGAUGGGCUGAAAUGAUAUCAGCAACAGGACUAGGGCAUGAUGAUGUGGUCCUUUGUGGACCUAAUACCUCUGAGGAACAGGAUAAGCCGGACCUGGAUAAUGUGAGUUAUGGAAGUGUCGAGGGACUUGGUGGAUUGCCGGGGUGUGAUAGUAGAGAAGUAGAGCUAGAAAAUAGAUGUAGUGAGCUAAGAUAUCAACUGUGUAAGCAGCAAGAAGAUUACGCUGAUCUACAGACUGCUCUCUCCGCAACAGAGGAAGCAGCAAACUCUCUGUCCUGGGAGCUGGAUGCUGCUAAACUAAAAAUUUCAGCUCUCAGUAGUGGACUAGAGAGAGCUAGCAGCUCUGCAGAAGAAGCUGAAGGAUUAGCAGCUGCUAACAGAUUGGCUGAAGAGCGUUUAAUCAGUCUCACCGCUAAUCUGGAGGAAUAUAAGGAAGCAUUAAGACGCAAGGAUGAAGAGCUGCUUGAAAAGGAGCAACUGUUUGACAAGCUGAGAGUGGAGGCAGCAGCUGCUGUACGGAAGGAGAAGGCAGCAGCUACAGAGCUUGUUGAGAAGGAAGCUCAGCUUCAGCAGCUUCUAGAAGAACUGGAGAACAAGGAUGAGAUCAAUGAUAAACUUGAAGAGGCAAAACAGAGGAAGGAUGGAGAACUUGAAGCUGCUGGACGGGAACUACUCCGACUAGAGACCGAACUAGGAGCUAGAGAAGAUGAGAUUAAGAACCUGACUUCAGGGUUCGGUUCCCCGAACACUGGAAGCAUUCACGGAGCGAACAUUCUUGAUGUCAGCGUAGAUGACAAGGUAUUGGAAGAGUUUAAUGAGAGUAAUAGUCCAAACCCUAAACGUAGCUUCCCUCUGACUCCCCUGGCCCGGGGACCUAGUGCUAGCUCUACACCUGCUAGGGGUAGAAGAGGGAGUAUAGUAGAGGAACUCAGAGAUGUAGGAUUCCCCUCGCCUCUCUGUGGGAAGGGGGUUCAAGAGCACAAGUUGUACACAAGGCUACAGGCUGAGAUAGGAAGAUGGCAGGAGAGCGUUAGAAGAGUUAUUAUUGCUGAAGUAGAUCCAGCGUUUACUGGUAAACUCAUAUCUGCUGUUAACAAGGUUAUGGAGGGGAUACAGAGGGAUAUCCUACUCCAGAUAGAUACUGCAGGGGUAGAUGUAUCCAAGGAGAACGAGGAGUUGAGAAGAGAACUGGAGGUGCUUAAGGAGGAGUUACAGCACUGUAAGGAUGAACUAGAGAAGGAGAGACAGUGCGCUGUAGUCAAGUAUAAUGAUAGAGCAGAGCUGCAUGAUAUUGAACUAGUAGAGAACAGGGUUACAGAGAUGGCAAAUCUACUCCAGGCAGCAAACCGUGCUCUGUUAGCUGCAGGGCAGAGUAUGAGUCGAGAACCUAGUAGACCAACUACUCCAGACCAGACUAGUAUUGACGAGGAUCCUCUUGGAGGCUGGCAGCUUGAUCUCGAGGGUAUUGAGCUGAUAGAGUGCAACAACAACCUGAGUAAGAUGCUGCUCCAGUAUUCUAAACAGCUGAGACAAGACCUUAGUAGAGCAGAGGCUGGAGCUAACACUGAGAAGAGGAAGCUAUGGUUGUCUUCACUUUACACUAGGCUAGAGGAUCUACAGGAGGAAACAGAGAAAUCAAGGUGUCUUCUACAACAAGCUGGUGAGAGCUUUAGAGAGCAGCAGGUCCAGCUCCAGCUUCAGACAACAAAAGAUGUUUCAAUCCUCAGGUUUCCUAAAACUCAGUCCUGUCAAACAGAACCUUUACACCUGGAGGAGGUUGAACUUGUUGAAGGAGUUGAAGCUAAGGAGGUUGAGGAGAAGGUUGAGAAUAAGAGUAAAGGAGCUCUGGGCUGGUUCAGCUACCUGGUGGGUUUCCUAACUCUUCUAACUCUUCUCCUUCUCUUUACAUUUAUGUGUGGUGUUGAAUACGAGGGUAGGGUCUACUAUCCUAUCACGUAUUCUCCUUUCAGAUCUCUAGACUGGGUUCCCGCUCCUCGAGUCAGCAUCAGGCUAACAAGGAGCUACAAGAUCUGGUAGAUUCUAGUUCCAACCCUUCUCCGGGUACCCCUAGAUCAUAUAGUUCUAACCCUACUCCUGGUACCCCUAGAUCCCAUAGUUCACCUAAGGAAUGUACUGAGCCUAGAUUAUCUCUAGUAGCUAAACCUUGUAUUAUAGAAAGUGGAUCCUGGGUUAUCCUAGACACUUAUCAUACCAAGUUUAUAUAAGAGUGACAGAUGUAAGAAAAUAUUCUAGUAAUAGUUGCAUUUAUCUUACAGGAAAAUACUCGGCAAUAAGAUUAUAUGAAUACCUAAACGUAAAACCUUUGUGAAAUUAGUAAAAAUGGUGAAUGUUUAAAAUUGUUGCAGUAAAAGAUAUUUAACCAGGGUUAAAAUUUGAUCGUCUUCCAAUGUGAUUUAUAUCCAAAUUCUAGUGAUUGGUGCUACAAGUAGUAAAAAGGGAUAUAUAUGUAUUUAUUUGUAAAACUACUAUAUUCUAAUUAUUUUUACAACACUUGAAACAGUUCUUUAUAGCUUUAUUUGUAGGAUCAAGUAUUUUGACAUUGAAUAGUUAAUAAAACUAGUAAAUUUUGUUUGCUCAGAUAAACCAAACAUUAAUCUUGAUAAAUUGUAUACUGUAUACUGUAUAUCCCUUUAACUGUCGACUAAGCAGUAAACAAAACUCUUCAGUUUCGACAUUUAUUUUAUGUAUUUUCAAUUUAAUUGACUCAAAUAUAUAUAUUUACGAGCA